AUGGACCAGAUUUUCCAGCUUAAGUUCACGUCAAAGACGCUAGUCCGGCAAGCGAAGAAGUGCGAGAAAGAGGAGAAGGAGCAGAAGCUCAAGGUCAAGAAAGCCAUCGAAAAGGGCAACAUGGAAGGCGGCAAGAUUUACGCUCAAAACGCCAUCCGGAAACGCUCCGAGCAGCUGAACUACCUCCGCUUAUCCAACCGCUUAGACGCGGUUAUCGCUCGUCUGGACACGCAAGCUCGCAUGAACACCAUCACGACUUCCAUGGGAAGCAUCGUGAAGGUUCUGGAUUCCGCGCUCGCGAGCAGCAAUCUGCAGAAGAUUUCAGAAACGAUGGACACGUUCGAGCGGCAGUUCGUGAACAUGGAGGUGCAGUCGCAGUUCGUCGAGAACGCGAUGCACAGCAGCACGGCGCUGUCGACGCCGGAGGAGGACGUCAACAUGCUCAUGCAACAGGUGGCGGACGAACAUGGAUUGGAGGUGCAGAUUGGCCUACCAGGUGCUGCCACGAGUGCUUUGCCAUCCAGAGAAGCGCAGACCAAUGCCGAGGACGACUUGACACGGCGAUUGGCGGAACUGAAGAACAGGUCAUAA